AUGAACAGGACACACAACAUCAUGGCUUUGAUCUGCCUGCUCUCUCUCAAACUGCCUCAGAUAGAGACGACCAGUGGGAAAGUCUUAGAGGAGACUUAUCAGAAGUGGGUCCAGUAUAAAGAAGAAUGUGCCAGAAUGAUAGAAAAUGAGCCGCUCCUCCAAGGCUUGUUCUGUAACAGGACAUUUGACAGAUACGCCUGCUGGCCAGACACUCCUGCCAGCUCUGUGGUCAACAUCUCAUGCCCUUUCUACCUGCCCUGGUAUGACAAAGUGUCCCAGGGUGUUGUGCGUCGGCGGUGUGGCUCUGAUGGCCUGUGGGAGAGAGAGGACAGUGGGCAGGUGUGGCGAGACAUGACCCAGUGUGAGGAGGAAGAAGAGGUCACAUCUCAGGAGCUGUGGUUCAAACAACUGAUGGUGAGCUUCAGGAUGUUGUACACUGUCGGCUACUCCCUGUCCCUCCUCACGCUCACCACGGCUCUUAUCAUUCUUCUGAGCUUUAGGAAACUGCAUUGCACCAGGAAUUACAUUCAUGCCAACCUCUUCCUGUCCCUCAUCCUGCGAGCUGUGUCCGUCAUUGUUAAGGACACCAUGCUGGAACGCCACUGGGGACGAGAGAUCAGAAAACAGACCGAUGUGAGAGAGAUGCUCACUCACCAGGCUGCUAUUGGCUGCAGGGUAGCACAGGUGUUGAUGCAGUACUGCGUCCUGGCCAAUCACUAUUGGUUCUUCGGAGAGGCAGUUUAUUUACACUCUGUGCUUAUUGCCUCAGUGUUCAUCGACAACAACAAAUACUUACCUUACAUCUGUCUUGGCUGGGGAACUCCACUUCUAUUUGUGGUUCCCUGGGUAGUGAUGAAGCUAUUUAAAGAAAACAAAGAGUGUUGGGCCGUGAAUGAGAACAUGAACUACUGGUGGAUAAUCCGUUUCCCGAUUCUUUUUGCUUCACUAAUCAACUUUCUGAUUUUCAUGAAGAUCCUGAAGGUCAUUCUUUCCAAAUUACGGGCCAACAACCGCAGUGGAUACCCUGAUUACAAACUUCGGCUUGCCAAAGCGACCCUUACUCUCAUCCCUCUGUUUGGGAUUCAUGAAAUCAUCUUCAUCUUUGCUACAGAUGAGCAGACAACAGGCAUCCUGCGCUACAUUAAAGUCUUCUUCACCCUUUUUCUCAAUUCAUUUCAGGGCUUUCUGGUGGCUGUGCUCUACUGCUAUGCCAAUAAAGAGGUGAGGACAGAGCUGAGGAGGAAGCUACGCAGCUGGAGGAUAGAGGCUGAGAUCGCAUGCUGUGGACAGUGA